AUAGAAGUAUAAAAGACAAAGCAGGUCGAAUGAUGUUCAUCGAUUGACCGCUUUUCCUUCUGGAGUGUAUUACAUUAGCAAAGAUAGAACAUUAGAAUCAUGAAAUUUUUAAUCGUUGUUCUCGCUAUGUUCGCGAUGGUAGCGGCCUAUCCGGAAAGAGAACGGCGUAGCGUCUGGGGUUGGCCUGCGGUUGCUCCCGCAGCUGCAGUGAUCGGCCCGAAAGCUAUUCCGGCUGCCGUGAUCGGUCCUAACGCCGGUGCUGCGGUCGUAUCUGCAGCUGCACCAGCGGUCAUAGCAGCUCAUGUUCCUGCGGCAGCAGUAGUGGCCCCAGGAGCCGUUGUCGCUCCGCACAUCUGGUAAUCAUGAGGGAAUACUAACCGCCGUUGGAUCUCACUGGAAUAAUUAUACGGACCUUGCGCGUCACGAUGUAUCCUCUGGAAUACGAUGUCGUUCGACUUUCUCGAUGUUGAACCCUUGUUCACCUUCGUCACUGGACUACCUCACUAUACCGAUGAUUUCCCUCGAUAAUCUAACAUAUCGUGCUUUUACGUGAUUGUUGCAAUUAUAAAAAAAUAUAUGAUCUGAAAACA